CGCCAUGUUGGGGGAGGGGGCGCGGUGCGGGCAGAGCGGAGCCGCCCCCGCCGGGCAGCAGCAGUAGCAGCAGAGCCAGUUCCUGCGCCGCCGCCGCGCUCUAUGGGCCGGCGGAGGGGACCCGCCGGCUCGGCAGCGCGCUGCCCUUGAGGCCGCAGAAGCAGUAGCCGCCGCCGCGGAGCCGGGACAUGAGCAGCGGCUGCGAGCGGCGGCGGCUCCCCGGCUAGCGGGCGCGGGGACAUGGUGCCGUUCGCCCCUCUGGAGGACGCGGAGGAGCCGGAGCCCUGCCACAAAAUGGAGCUGUGCAUGAGUGGCGGCGAGCUGAACGGUCUUAAAAUGGUGGAUGAGCCCAUGGAAGAAGGAGAACCAUAUUCUUACAAUGAUGAAGGAAAUGUGAAAGAAAUUCCUAUUACCCAUCAUGUGAAAGAAGGGUGUGAGAAAGCAGAUCCCGCACAGUUUGAAUUACUUAAGGUUCUUGGUCAGGGAUCAUUUGGAAAGGUUUUUCUUGUGAGGAAAAUAAUUGGUCCUGAUGCUGAGCAGCUUUAUGCAAUGAAAGUAUUGAAAAAAGCUUCUCUGAAAGUACGAGAUCGAGUUCGUACAAAGAUGGAGAGAGAUAUAUUAGUAGAAGUAAAUCAUCCAUUUAUCGUCAAACUGCACUAUGCCUUUCAGACCGAAGGGAAGCUAUAUUUAAUAUUGGAUUUUCUCAGGGGAGGAGAUGUAUUCACGCGAUUAUCCAAAGAGGUUAUGUUUACAGAGGAAGAUGUGAAAUUCUACCUCGCAGAACUGGCCCUUGCUUUGGAUCAUCUACACAGCUUGGGGAUUGUAUACAGGGAUCUGAAGCCAGAAAACAUUUUGCUUGAUGAAGCAGGACAUAUCAAGUUAACAGACUUCGGACUCAGCAAAGAAUCAGUAGAUCAAGAAAAGAAGGCCUACUCUUUCUGUGGUACUGUAGAAUACAUGGCACCUGAAGUAGUAAACAGGCGAGGCCACAACCAGAGUGCCGAUUGGUGGUCAUUUGGUGUUCUUAUGUUUGAAAUGCUUACUGGUACGCUACCAUUUCAAGGUAAAGAUCGAAAUGAAACUAUGAAUAUGAUACUAAAAGCAAAGCUUGGAAUGCCACAAUUCCUUAGCCCUGAAGCGCAAAGCCUUCUAAGAAUGUUGUUUAAAAGGAACCCAUCAAACAGAUUAGGAGCUGGUUCCGAUGGAGUUGAAGAAAUCAAGAGACAUCCUUUUUUUUCAACAGUUGAUUGGAAUAAACUGUUCAGAAGAGAAAUUCAGCCCCCAUUUAAACCUGCUUCUGGUAAGCCAGAAGAUACCUUCUGUUUUGAUCCAGAAUUCACAGCAAAAACCCCCAAAGAUUCUCCAGGAGUUCCACCUAGUGCUAACGCGCAUCAGCUGUUCAAAGGAUUUAGCUUUGUUGCAACUACUGCCAUAGAAGAUCAUAAAAUUUCACCCCUCACCAAUAUAUUGCCAAUAGUACAGCAACUUCAUGGAAACAGUGCACAGUUCACUGAUGUGUAUGAGCUGAAGGAGGAUAUUGGUGUUGGCUCCUACUCUGUUUGCAAGAGAUGUGUGCACAUAGCUACCAAUAUGGAGUUUGCCGUGAAGAUAAUUGAUAAAAGUAAGAGAGAUCCCUCAGAAGAAAUUGAGAUUUUGAUGCGCUAUGGACAACAUCCUAAUAUAAUUACUUUAAAAGAUGUAUAUGAUGAUGGCAGAUAUAUUUACCUGGUCACUGAAUUGAUGAAGGGAGGAGAGCUGCUUGAUCGGAUUCUCAGACAAAAGUAUUUCUCAGAACGGGAGGCUAGUGCUGUAUUGUACACUAUAACUAAAACAGUUGACUACCUUCAUUGUCAAGGAGUAGUGCAUCGAGACCUUAAGCCAAGUAAUAUUUUAUAUAUGGAUGACUCAAACAAUGCUGACUCUAUCAGGAUUUGUGAUUUUGGAUUUGCAAAACAACUUCGAGGGGAGAAUGGACUUCUUUUAACUCCUUGCUACACUGCCAACUUUGUAGCACCAGAGGUUCUCAUGAGACAGGGGUAUGAUGCUGCUUGUGAUAUCUGGAGCUUGGGUGUUCUCCUUUACACAAUGCUGGCAGGCUAUACUCCUUUUGCCAAUGGUCCCAAUGAUACUCCUGAGGAAAUCCUGUUACGAAUAGGCAGUGGAAAAUUCUCUUUAAGUGGAGGCAACUGGGACACUGUUUCAGAUGCAGCAAAGGACUUGCUGUCCCAUAUGCUUCAUGUAGAUCCACAUCAACGAUAUACGGCAGAGCAAGUAUUAAAACACUCGUGGAUAGCCUGCAGGGACCAGUUGCCUCAUUAUCAGCUAAACAGACAAGAUGCACCACAUCUAGUUAAGGGGGCCAUGGCUGCCACAUAUUCUGCACUGAAUCACAAGACAUUUCAGCCAGUCUUAGAGCCUGUUGCAGCUUCAAGUUUAGCUCAACGACGGAGCAUGAAAAAGCUAACUUCAACAGACUUAUAGAUCCACUGGGGCACCUUAGCCAAACUGGAGCAAAGGAAAAGCCAAUAAGUGGCUCUAUAUCUGCCUGACCUGUGAUCGAAAGACAUAUAUGGUUUCCUGCUACACUACUUGAAUUCUGUAAAAGUCCUUUUUUAAAAGAAAAAAAUCCACAGGUUCAGGGGGAUUCACACUGUGUUGUUUUACAGGCGGUGUCCAUGUUUGUUUAACUUAAACAUCAGGGUACAUCACAAAGAUCAUAAGGAAUUUCUGUACACUGUCCUUUCAGAGAUUUGUUGCAAAUAUUUUUUACAUACUGUAUAGUUUUGCUGGGUUCAUGAAGAAGUGGUUUAGGGGACCAUUACCAAUAACCAAGUUGUACGUAGAAAGUGUCAGCGUCCGUAUUUUUACCAUCAAACCCAUUUGUAAAAAAUCUGCAAAUUCUUACUUAAAUUACUUUGUAAUUGGGCACUUACUAAUGGACUCCAUUCAUUUAACUCAUUGAUGCUAGAAGACAAGACUGACCACCUUAUUGUGCCAGUGCAAAAUGCAUUAGUGCUAAUAUGGGAGAGCUACACUUGCCUGGUGCCAAGAAUUGAAAAGCUUUGUGUACAAAUAUUAAAAAAUGGUGUACAUCUGAGACAUUGAACUUUGUCCAUAAAAUUAAAAUGAUCACUUGUGAACCAUACAACUGGAUAACAACUGACCUUGUUUAGGGAAUGUGUGUGUCUAAUGUCAGUAUGUAUUUCUGUCUAUAGCAGUGGUGGAAAACCUGUGGCCUGUCAGAGUAAUCUGCUGGUGGGCUGAGACACACUUUUAGAUUCACUGUCCGCAGGCUCGGCCGCCCGCAGUUCCCACUGGCCGCGGUUCACUGUUCCUGGCCAAUGGGAGCUGCGGGAAGCGGCGGCCAGCAUGUCCCUGUGGCCCAUGCUGCUUCUCACAGCUCCCAUUGGCCGGGAAUGGCGAACCACGGCCACUGGGAGCAGCAGGCGGCUGUGCCUGCGGAUGGUCAAUGUAAACAAACUGUCUGCGGCCUGCCAGCAGAUUACCCUGACGGGCUGUGUGCGGGCCGCAGGUUGCCCACCACUGGUCAAUAGUCAUAAGCUUGGGGAAACACCCCUUGAUUUCAACAUAAAAGAUCUUUGUGUUCUGUACUGAGCUAUAAAAAUGAUUGUAAGUGUUCAAGAGUGAGAGCCUGUAUAGUAUUGGUACUACUUUAGAUAGGACAUGUGAUAUAUCUCCAAGUAGUCCAUAUGCUUUUAGUUACCUUGUCUAUCCUUCUGUUACUUGACUGAAUUAUGCCUGUCUAUUCCGUGAGGAACAUAGGGACUUCACCACUGCUUUCCAUCUUUUGACAGUCUCUUACUGUAGUCUUAGUUCUUCCCAUAUCAUUUUGAUAGCUUUCUGUUGUGUGUUUCCAUGUUGUGCUUGGUCUACCUUGUUGCUUCUUGCCCUCAGGGUUUCAGUCCAACUCCUGUCUUAUGUUAUGUGGGUCUUUCCUCCAUGUAUGUUCUAGUUAUCUUCAUUUUUGUUCCAUAAUUUCCUGACCUAUCAGUAUAUUUUGUCGUCGUCCAGAGUUUGAUUAUUUUUUUUCCUGGCCAUCUGAUAUUAAGGAUUUGUUUAAGGCAGUUGUUUAUGAAAACUUGGAGUUUAGAUAGUAAGGUCUUAAUUGUCCAAGUUUCAGUGCAAUUUAUUAAGAAUGACUUCACAAUGUUGUUAAAUAUUCAAAAUUUCAUUUGAAGGGCAAGAUUUCUGUUUCUUCUUAUCAACUUUAGAGUUAUGAAGGCAUGUCUGGUUUUUGAUAUUCUGACUUUAAUGUCUGUCCUACCUGUUGUACUUGAUAUGUGAAAUAUUGGACCUAUUCUAUGUCAGGCCCAGAAAGUGUUGGUGUUUCUUGUUCUGUGUUGAUUUUCAACCCUACUAAUUGUGCAUAUGCCCAAGGAUAACUUGUUUCAGCUUGCAUGCCUCUCUGAGCAUGGGUUAGCAAGUUGAUGUCACCUGCAAAGUCUAAAUCUUCUAACUUUUGUGUGAAACUCCAUUGUAUGCCACUUGAUUGUUCUGUGGUCUUUCUCAUUACCCAAUGUGCUACCAGUAAAAAGAUCAUGGGUGACAUAAGGCAUCCUUGUCUGUUGCUGGUAGUAAACUCAAUUGGCUUAGCUCAAUGUUACUUAUUACUUGGCAUGUCAUAUUUUCACAGAAACUCUGUGUGAUCACAGAUUUCCGAGGGAUUCCAUAGUGGCAUAGCAACUUCCAUAAAGCUGUUUUAUCCACUGUAUCAAAGGCUGUCCAUCAGUACCUGGCUAUCCCUCUGUAUGUGGACUAUAUUGCUGUUCCUUUGGCAAUCUUUUCUGUUGAAGAGCAGUAUAUUCAAUGUUAGCUUAUCCUGGAUUGUUAGGUAAAUUGACAUUUCAUUGUAGCAUAUUUGGCACAUAGUUUAUUAGUUUUAUUUAUUUAAAUGUAUGUAAUUGCUCCUAUGUCCCUUGGCACAUGUACAGAUACUACAAAAGAUAAAUGCAAAGACUCAUGGCCCUAUUAAAAACCCUCUCCUUGGCUAACUACAGGUGAAGCCUGGGAAAAUAAGUAAGCCUCGAAGUGUGCCCUUAAAGUCAAUAGGUACAGGAUUUUGACCAAAGAGGGGGAGUAGGUUCCACAGUUGUGGACCUCACUGAAAAUAUCCUGCUGCCCUCUCCCUCUCUGAAUGUAUGGGCAUUUAGUUAAGUGUCUCGGUUGACCUGAACUACUUUGGUAUCUCUCUCUCUCACACUCACACUCACACACAGCCCCCAGAGAGAGAGAGUUAAUCUGUAGCACUGCCAGGUCCCAAAUGAUUUUAGAGUUUUCUAAAUCAAAACCAACACUUUGAAUUGCACCUAGGAGUGAACUAGAACCUCUUGCAAUUCUCAGAGGAUGUGAUCAAAUAAAGCAUUUCAUGACACUUUAGACACUACUACACAAUUGUUCUAAUAUAAUAGCAUGAUAAAUAUUUUAAAUAUUAUGAAAGUAUACCUAGUGAUCUACUGCUAAAUUUGAACACAUUGAGAAUCAUUAUGACCAAAAAUCAAUUGUUGUCCAGACUUGUCUGCUGUCAUUGAAUUUUUAGUCCCCUAACGUUUUUAUAACAGAUCAUAAAAUGUUAAUCUGGGGGGAGGGGAGACUUUGCAUACUGAGAUAAUAAAAUGGUGUGAAGGGUUUGGUGGGGAUUCUGAAAUAACAAAAGAAGCAGUAACUCAUCCUAAAAUAUGGAGGUGACUCACUACUUUUUUUGUUGUCAUUGGGAGUACUGUAGAUAUGCUGCUAGUUACUUUUUAUUGCUGUGCAGGAGGUAGGAAUUGCCUUACUGAAGAAUUAAGUAUUUUAAAUUGGGAUGCUUGUUGGUAUGGGAUUUAAUGAAUAUGAAGAACAUGUGUACACUAGUGUCAUGCCUGCUACUCAAUUUCUCGGGUAUAAUAGGUGUUUGAAAUAUUAGGGCCCAUUUGUACCUAAUUUGAGGUGCCUGUUUGAAAUGCUUGAAAAAUAUCAAAGAACACAGCUGCCACAUGGGAAACAUACUACUUAGAAAUAAUUCUGCAUCUUACAACAUUUUUUCAUUACUGGAGACCUUUGCGUGCAAUUAAGUGUACACCUCUCCAUAUUUCCCACUUAAUAUUGUAAUUUCAUUUGUAAUAUUAAAUAUUAUUUCUAUCAAAAUUGAGAUCACAAAAAAUCAGACUCUAGAUGGGGAACAAAGAGCAAAAAGCACAUUUAAAAACAAAGAUCUAUAUGUAAUAUAUAUUUUAAUGUUAAAGUAAUAAAAAUGAGGGAAAGAGAACAUCUAAGAUGCUAAGCUUAAUUGUCUUCAAUUCCCCCUUCCCCCCCGCAUAAAGUGGCAGCUGGUCUUUUUUGGUUUUAUUCAUGAGUGAUUUAGCAGUGUUUUCAUUGAUAUUUUCACUUAACUUGUUCAGACCCACUGUGCAAUAAGCACCUUACAAGUAUUGUGCACUAAAUAAGUAAUAAGCAGGCCAAGAUACUUAGCAUGUAACGGUAUCUUCCUGGAGUGAAGGAUAGUGUUGUAAAGAGGAAAAAUGUACAAAGACAUGCUGCUUGGUGAACACACAAUUUAGAACACUUUCAAAGUCAACCCUGCAGUUUAGAUAAGAAUCACUAAGCUCUACUACGAAUGGCACUCCCAGGGCAAAAAUAAGGUUUCCCUGGCUGCAGUGUUACAGGGGUAACCUUUUCACAGAGAUAAACUGUGUAGACAACACCUUUGUUAUAUUUGACACAAACAUCAGGCAUACAUGGCAUGUCUAUUUCCACUUUUAUUUUGGGAAUAAGGCACACUUAUUGUAACUAGUGCAAACAAAAUCCUGUCUGGAGACUUACAAUUUCAUCAUGUCAGUCUUUCAGUAUCUCUGGGUAUUGCUGGAAUCCAGAAUAAUAUUUCACCUUCAUAUUUGCAGAAUACCCCCCUACAGUGUUUCAUGACACAACCUUCAUUAAUGCUCUUUUGGGGGUUGAGCUGAUUUUUCUCAUUUUAAAGGAAAAUUCCAGUUUUGCAGAACCCAGUAGUCAUGGAAUUUAAAAGGUAAGCAACAUGAACUCCUCAUGAGUAAUCUGUGAAUUGUUUGAAAAUGAAGAGAAUUACAAUUAUUUGAAUCUUUUGGUAGGGGCUAUUGAAAGGUAUAAUUUGUGUCAUAUACAUAAAGCUACCACACACAGGGUUGCCAGGUGUCCAGUUUUGGGCCGGAACACCCGCCCCCUCCCACACUCUGAACCCCUCAGCCCCACCCCGCAGCCCAGAGUUCCCUCCUGCAUGCCUUAUUUCUGGCCCCAUCCCAGAGCCUGCAGCUGCAGCCCUCACUCCCUCCUGCAUGGCAACCCCCUGCACCAGCCCAGUGAAAAUGAGUGAGUGAGGUUGGGGGAGAGCAAGCAUCAGAAAGAGAAGGGAUGGAGUGAACUGGGAUGGGGCUUGGAGAAGGUUUGGGACCGAGGUGGGGCCCCAGAGAAGAAGCGGGGCAAGGGUGUUCGGUUUUGUGCAGUUAGAAAGUUGGCAAUCCUAAGACUAAACUGGUUAGCAUUUUAUUGUGGGUACUGGCUUAAAAAUAAGCUACACUAAUAUAGUGAAUUUUUUUUCAUCCUUAAGUCCUUUAUAAAAACAGAAUAGAGAGCUAUUUCUGUAGUGCUAAUUACCAUCCUACCUAAUAUGAUCCAAUAUGGGCUAGUAUCUCAAAUAUCAUUCCCCAGCAAGAAGCAUGCCAAAAGUCAUAGUCUCAGUAGUGCAGUUGUAAUCAGCCUUUCUUUUCAAAUAUGUAUUCACAUAGAGCCUGACCAGCUUCCACUGAAGUAAGUGGCAAGACUCCUAUUGACUUCAGUUUGAACUGGAGCAGAUCUGUAAUAAAAGAUGUCAUACCCUGUGUGCUGUGGGAUUGUUUCACUGAAGUACUGGGUGUUUGUAAAAUGAAAAGAUCUGCAAUGUGCUCCUGGCCCCAUUACUCAAAAGUUAUGUGGUGGCUAAAUCGCAGAUGUUGCAGAAUCAACAGUAUCUAGGGAGUUUCAGUAUGGGCAGAUUGUCUUAAGCCAACAUGUUUUGGCUUUUGUGAUCUGUUGUUGAACACAGGUUGUAGUUUUUUAUGCAUUUUUCUUAUGCUCAAAAGGAGAGCAUUCCUUUGGCCACACUAGAAACUUGUGAUGUAUGUGAUUCUACAAAAGCUGUCCAAUUGCUGGUAGCACAGCUGUAUAGCUUAGAUGUCCUGCUUAGUGAGUACUUCCAGAGAACACAUCUCAAACACAUCUCAUGGAUAUGAAAAUGAAAGCAAACACCAGUCAGCUGUUAUCUUUAGACUUCUAGCUAUAGAGCUGAAUUAUCCUUAUCCUUUUCUCUUUAACUUUGAAAAAAUUAAUUAAAACAAACUUAUACACUCACUGUAUAUUGUAAGAGUUGAAAAAAUAAAUUAAUUGAAACAUCCAAUAAUUAAAACGAUUUCUAGCAAAUUUUAAGAUGUACUUUAACAAACAUUCAUUGUAGGCAUCUGUUCAUCAGUGCAUUGUAACAGGUUGCUAUAACAUCAAACUACUUAAUUUCUUUUUCAGAUGUUACAAUUAGAGGAGGGGGGAGCCUGCAAAAGAUUGAGAUUAAGUUGUAUAAAUUGUCCAUGAGUGUGGUGAUUAUCCACACUUAGUCAACAGAAUGAGGCUAAAAUAGCUAUGCAAACAGGGUUUUGUGCACUACUAUAACAGUUAUGUUUCUUACUCCCAGCCAAAAACUGGAAGCAUGCAUGUGUUUAAGAUAAAUGAAAGAUUUUUUUAGAAGUUAAUUUUCAGAGUGUUUAACCUCCUGUUUGAUUCAAUUGUAGUGAUAAAGUGGGGGGAGGAGGGGAAUCCUUUACAUAUAUAAUACCACAGGAGCAAUAUAUUUGAAAGAACAAUUGAUCCACAAUUACUUAUUAAAGCAUUCAUACAUGUUACCAAGUGUGUGUGUGUGUAUAGAAGACAAACGCUGUACUUGGCUGUAUACCACACUUCUGUAUUAGCAACAGUUCAAUUAAGUGCAUUCAGAAUACUAGCUGUCCUUAUUUUCAGUGUAUCUUUUUAAGAAUAAUUGCUCCCAAACGGCAAUAUUUUCCUGACUGUUGAUAAACCUGCAUAUUUCUUUGUGAAUAUAAAUAAUACAGAAAUUAAGUUGAGGAAAAGCAGCUGUAUGGCUAAAGCUGAAUAGUAGAGUAACGAGUCUUUUUUUAACCUUUUAUAAUAUAAAUCCUUCUCUUAUUGGGAUUUUUCUGUGUAAGGAAAACAAAUUCUUUCUUGAAAAGAACAGUUCUGAAAGCUGUAUGUAGAGGAUCUUUAAACUCUAAUUGGCAAGUCCCCUUAUUGGUAAGUAUGUUUCAGAAAUAAUCAUUCAAACUCCAUUUAUAGUAAUCAGCAGUAAUUACACCUGUUUUUGUUCGGGUACUGAAAAAAAUAGCAAGAAGAUAUCUCCUUUGCAAGGCAAAGUGUUACUAUAAUAUGUACGUUGCAUUAGGCUUAUGAACAUUUGCUAACUAUUGCAUUGUCAUAAUUUCCCAAGCACUUGGCAUUCUUGUACUGAUACUCUGAUUAUAGCUAAAACUGUUUUGGCAUGUGACUGGGCAUAAAUCUCAAUAUAUGAAAGGGCAUUAAAGUUAAAACAAAGUGUGCAAUUCAAUUAUAUGCUGAGGUACUUCAAAGAUGAACUUUACAAAAGGUCCCCGUUGUCAGAUAUUGUAACUAUCAUUUCCUUCUCUAAACAUAUUGUGGAUUUUGUAUCAUAUUGUAUUUAUUUCAUUUUUUAAAAGAUGUUUUCUUUAAAGCUCUGUAUAUAUUGACAUUAAAGUUUGCAUUGUACUACA